AUGGAAGGAAUAAACAAAACUACAAAGAUACAGUUCUUCUUCCGUCCAUUUUCUCCUGACCCUGAGGUCCAACUGGUGAUUUUUGUGGUCUUCCUGGUGAUGUACCUAACCAGCCUCAGUGGAAAUGCCACCAUUGCAGUCCUUGUCCAGCUCAACCACUCCCUCCACACCCCCAUGUACUUUUUCCUGGCUAUCUUGGCAGUUCUGGAAAUAUUCUAUACAUCUUCCAUUGCCCCCUUGGCCCUGGCAAACCUUCUUUCCAUGGGCCAAACUCCUGUUUCCAUCAUCGGAUGUGGUACCCAAAUGUUUUUCUUUGUCUUCUUGGGUGGGGCUGACUGUGUUCUGCUUGCAGUCAUGGCAUAUGACCGGUUUAUAGCCAUUUGUUACCCUCUGAGAUACACCCUCAUCAUGAGCUGGUCCUUUUGUGUGGAACUGGCUGUGGGAUCCCUGAUGCUAGGGUUUCUUUUAUCGCUUCCCUUAACCAUUUUAAUCUUUGGUCUCCCAUUCUGCCACAGCAAUGAAAUCUACCACUUCUACUGUGACAUGCCCGCAGUCAUGCGCCUGGCAUGUGCAGACACACACAUUCACGAGACUGCCCUGUACAUUAUAAGCUUCAUUGUGCUAAGCAUUCCCCUCACUUUGAUCUCCAUCUCCUAUGUCUUCAUUGUGAUAGCCAUUUUACGUAUCCAGUCAACAGAAGGGCGUCAUCGAGCCUUCUCUACCUGCUCCUCUCAUAUUUCAGUGGUCUUGCUACAGUAUGGCUGUACCAGCUUCAUAUAUUUGUCCCCUAGCUCCAGCUACUCUCCUGAGAUGGGACGAGUAGUGUCAGUAGUUUACACUUUUAUCACUCCCAUUUUAAACCCCUUGAUCUACAGUAUGAGGAACAAAGAACUGAAAGAUGCCCUAAGGAAGGCACUGAGAAAGUUCUAG